CUGAACCUUCACUACCAAAAGCACCGGUUAUAAAAUUCCAGCCUUGACUCCCUGCUCCGUGGUUAAAUAUUGAUGAUACUUAAGAAAUAGAGGCACAGGGCGGAUGCUCUACAACGAUGGUGACUUCAGAUCCGGAAGGUCAGGCGGAGCCUGACUGCCACUUGAGCCAUGGUUCAAGAGGACAGUGACCCACCAUGGUGGAGAAGGCGUAGGCCGGGGCGUGUGCUGAGGGCAGAGCCACUCUACGGGCUCAGCUGCCACGGACUCCGCAGACACUGCGCCUUGGGGUGCAGCUGCACUUUCCUGGAGAGAGGUCAGGAACAAAGACUGGGGGCCUGGGCUCCAGAGAAGACGGGAGGAGAGUGACGGAAAUCAGCUCUGCGCAGGACAGCAGCUCGAGGCCCAGCGCGAAGGAUCAGGGGUCUUUCGGACUCAUCCACCCAGGGCACCUAGGCAGCUGGUGCCAGCACCUAGGGGGCCAGCGAAGCAGCUGAGACCAGGGGACCUGAGGAUCAGGGUCAUGGAUCAGAAUGAGGAGGCCAUUGGAGCCCCAGCUGGCACUGCGGUGCCCCAGGAGCUGCUGGAAGAAAUGAUUUGGUUUUUCCGCGUAGAAGACGCAUCUGCUUGGAAUUACUCCGUCCUUGCACUGACAGUCGUGGUGGUCACCUUCAGCUUGUUCCUCCUGGUCAGGAGCAUCCAGGCCAACAGAAAUCGAAAGCUGCAGCCACAAGAAAAGGAAACACCUGAAAUCCUACAGCUGAACGAGGCCAAAACCGGAAGCAACAACAGCCUGAACAACCUAAAAGAGACUCUGCUCACAGAAAAGCCAGCCCUGACCAUGCUGGGGACUGAAUCAAAGGAACGGGAUGAUCCAGUAGUUCUCCUUCCGAUCCCAUCGGAAACCUCCAGCUAGCACGGAUGCCACGCAAGCCAGGCACCGGGGCUUGCCUCCCCCAGGCAGCCUGCUUUUACCAGCAGACAUGGUGAAUGAACUGCAAUCAAAUAAAGCUUCCAUUAUU